AAGUUGGAUCGCGUCUCAAACUCACAUUUUCGAUCCAGGUCUAUCCUUAUUUCUAUGUUCCUUUUUCAAUUCCUACCAGGUAUACUACUGAAAAAGACAUUCAAAAAGACAUUUUCCAGUUCGGCACCAGUUUAAACGAAGCCAUGAAUUUAGCAAAACCCAAUGCGCCAAAAGACCAGCAUGUUGCAGCUAUUGUGUUGACUAAAGGAGUACCUUUUUAUGGCUACCAUGUAGGAUAUCAAACUUUUUUAAAGAUUUACUUGGUACAGCCUCAAGAAAAACAACAGGCACUUGACAUUUUACAAACAGGAGCUAUCAUGAACACCUCUUUUCAGCCUUUUGAAGCGCAUUUGAACUUUGAGCUACAGUUUCUGAUGGAUCAUAACCUGUAUGGUAUGGACUGGAUAGAUAUUGACGAUGCUCAUGGGCUGGAUAAUGAGCCAUUUGGAAUUAAGUUUCGAUCCCCUUUACCUGAAGAACCAAAAGCCAGUUUUGAUAUAUCCCAAUCUUCUUCUAUCACACAUCAUAGUCUUACAUCUAUGGGUCUAUCUGCAGAGCCUGCUGUUUAUACAUCAAAAACAGUACCUUCUCAGUUACAGUCAGAUAUAGUGGCUCGAGAAAGCUAUUGUGAAUUGGAGAUGGAUAUUACCGGCAUGUCUAUUCUCAACAGACAAGAUCUGCAACAAAGAAGUAUACAUACUAGCCUGAAAAGGGAGAAAGAAGUUGAAGCAAAAAAUAGGGAGAAUGAACAAGUAUCUAAGCUUGUAAAGUCACUUGAAAGCAUCUGGAAAGAUGAGACAAGUCGUCGAAGAUCUCAAGGCAUUCAAGACCCAAUUUCUUUAGCAACACAAAUAAGUGAUCGAGAACCUGACAUGCCCUGGCUACCCAACAUGCAAAAGGCUUUCAAUACCCUAUUGAGUGGAGCCACUUUUAAUGAAACCAGUGAAUCGCAAAACUCUUCUGCUUUAAUUCCUGAAGUAAUGACAGCAUUUGAAUCAGUAGAAGCAUUGUAUCCUGAAGAAUACUUUACUUAUGUGCAAGCAAAAAAGGAGGUGAAAGAACAAGAAGACAGCAAUGAGCCAUCCUGUCAAUCAAUCAGGCUUCCUAGCUCAUCUAUUCCCACGACACCUACACGCUUGAACGUAUCACCUCGCACAGCUACGACGCCUGUUUCCAGUCAAUUCAAUGUCUCUGCAACACCAACAAGAUAUAAAGCAUGGGAUUUACCUUCUCAACUAGAUAAAAGUGUCUUAAAUUCAUGCAUUCGAGAUUCAUCUCUUGAUGAGUUGGCAUAUGAAAAACAACCCGAAGACAAUCCUGAAGAUGAAGACAAUUAUUUCACUUUGGAUGAUGACUUGAGUGAUGGCGAUAUUAUUGACUUGUUAAAACAAGCAGAAGAACAACAGUCAGUGACAAAUAAAAGAUACCCUACUCAAAUCAUUGAAUAUGAGCCAGAAAAUACGGUCAAAUACCAGCCUCGAAGAUUAGAUUUUAUUGCAGAAACCAACAAAAUUGAUGCUAUUUUGCAACCCUCGACUAGACCAUUAAGUCAGAAAAAGAGUCUUUUUGACAAUAUAGAAAAUAAACCAUUUGAAAUUAGUGAUACUCCACCUGAUCCAGUACCACGCCUGCUCAAAUCACACCGAGAAAGAAGUAGACACCGAAUUAAUCAGACAGAUGGUGUCAAUGAUCCAAAAGAAGGCGACAAAAAACGAAUACAAUCAGCAGCUGAAAAAUGGGAAUUAGAGAAGAAAGCAUUGAAAAAGAUGCGAUUGAAAAAGCAAGAAGUACUACUCAAAGCUCGUCAGCCUCCUUCGCCUCCGCCUCGUAUUCCUCAACUUGUUGUUCAAGUAGAACAAAAAAGGCCUUCUGUUGAAGAUCAUCCAAUGUUUCAAAAAGUGUCUGUGGUCAUUUCUGAUUCUAGAAAGCGCAGGAAAAGGUCCAAGUCUCAUAGUCAACCUGUCAAUGAAACAACAAGACACAAGCCAGCAAGUAUUGUUUCCUCCAUGUCGACCGCAACCGAAUCUAUUUCUAAAAGACAACCUAAACCAAAAGAAGACAACCAUGUAUCCAAAGUGCCUCAUUAUUUAAGAAACCAAGAAACAAGACCUACUCGACCCAAAAUAUCUUUAUCAAAAUCCUUGAAUUCUCUUCGUAACAAAGACAAAACUAUUGAACCACAUGAACCCAAGCUUGUGUCUACAAAGGAACUUACAGCUCCUCAAACAGAAUCAUCUAUCACGAAACAAGUAGAAAACAACCUUCAACAUAAUUUAGAGAGUCAAAGCUCUGAUCAGACUUAUUUCAUUAAACGGAUUGAUGGUAUGUGGUCUUCGCAAGAAGAACCGUCUUCACUUUCGGGUUUGCAAUUCUUUGAAGUGCAUAAACCAUGUCCUGUAUCACCAACUAAAGACAAAAAAAUAUUGAUUGGUGAGAAGCCCAGUGAGGUUUUCCUUAUGGAUGACGAACCUAAGGAAAUGGUCUUAAACAACAACUUGUCCAAUGAAGAAAUACCUCAUUAUGUUGACAACGAAGGUUCGACAUCUUUUUCUGCGCCAGCCUAUCAUGCUAAGGAUACUCAUGUAUACAGUACACCACCUACAAAAGAAUUUAUCUAUGGUCUCGCACCACCUGUUGUUAUUGAAGAAAAUAUAGAGGAUAAAGGGGUUAUAUACCAAGAACCAUUUUACAGUAAAGCAUCUGAUUUGCCUCGUUUCCCUACUGUAUUUGCCGGGAAAGAAUUCAGAUUGCCUACUUGUGAUCUCAAAUCACUUAAAGAGUUCAAGACUGUCUAUACAGGCUUCAAGGACACAGAAGAAAGAAGGACGAGUAUUCGAACAUGGACACCAAGUCAGGAUUCUCCUACUUUUCAACAAGUCAAACAAUGGCUUCAUACAAAACAACCUCCAAAAAAGCAAAGAGAUACAGAAACACAGUUGGAUUAUCCUACAGCAGAUAACUCUUUUCGCUUUAAGUUGAGUGCAGCAAAACCACAAGAUAAAGUGAAGCGAGUGCCUGAUUACAUUGAUUACUUUAGCGUUGAAAUACAUGUCAAUACUAGACAUCAAUUACUGCCUGAUCCAGAACAUGAUCCUGUUCAACUUGUUUUUUGGUGUCUACAAACAGAAGAUCAACGUGUUCCUUCAAAUGGAUAUCAAGAUGAGUAUUAUGUUGGUGUUAUUGCCAUGAAUGAUUUCGAUAUUUCUCGUAUUGGGCUUGGUGCUUCUCGUAGGAUUUAAGAAUACAUGUAUAUGACCAGCUUAUCGUCUUUUUGUAUAUAGGUCUUGCAGUUGAUUAUACCGAGACAGAAGAACAAUUGUUUAGUAUCUUGAUUGGUAAAGUAAGAUACUAUGAUCCUGAUAUGCUCGUUGGUUAUGAAACACAAAAUUCUUCUUGGGGCUAUUUAGUUGAAAGAGGAGCACAGCUAGGUUAUCAUCUUUUAGAUGAACUCUCUCGAGUCAUUAUGACAACAGAGACAAUCAAAAAAGAUCAAUGGGGCUAUAAAAAAGCUUCUAGUUAUCGAAUAUUAGGCCGCCAUAUGCUGAAUGUAUGGCGACUUAUGCGACAUGAGCUCACAUUAACCAGCUAUACACUUGAGAAUGUCGCAUAUCAUUUACUUCAUCACAGAAUACCACAUUAUGCAUAUUCCAUCUUA